UCUUGUCCUGCCUAAAGCAAUAAUAACGACAACGGAGGCUAGAUAUUGCACAAUGCCAAGCAGACCUCCAAUUAUCCUCUCAAAUAUGGGCGUGUCGCUCUAUUUUGGAUUGUGUAGGUGAUUCUUGUUUUCUGGAAUCCCUUCUAGAGGCGCAUUUUCCAUCGUUACCAUGGUUCGUUGCGGUGCUGUCGCGGGCCUAUUAGCCCUUGUCUCGUCGGUUGAGGCAAUUCAGAGACACCCCUUGCCAAUUAGCGAGCUUUCGAAGCAGGUCCAAAAUAGAGACGCGUACGAUAGUCUCAGCGCCAGAGAGCUUGACCUUCAAACCCUUUACCCCGAAUACAAUCUUUCGACCCCGAUUGACCAUUUCCAUAACGAUUCCUCUUACGAGCCGCACUCCAACGGCACGUUCAAUUUGCGGUACUGGUUCGAUACGCAAUACUACAAGCCAGGGGGUCCGGUGAUUGUGCUCACGGGAGGAGAGACGGAUGGAGCUGGUCGCUUACCUUUCCUACAGAAAGGCAUCGUUUAUCAGCUUGCGAAAGCGACGGGCGGAGUAGGGGUCAUUCUCGAGCAUAGGUACUAUGGAAAAAGUAUCCCAGUGCCGGACUUCAGCACCGAGAACCUGCGCUUCCUUACUACCGACCAGGCCCUGGCUGAUACUGCUUACUUUGCUAAGAAUGUCAAAUUCGCCGGUUUGGAGGACGUGGAUCUGAGUCCCGAGAAGACACCUUGGAUAGCCUACGGCGGCAGUUAUGCUGGUGCUUUUGUCGCGUUCUUGCGAGUCGUAUACCCAGAUGUCUAUCACGGCACUAUCUCGUCGUCUGGCGUUCCCCAGGCUAUUUGGGAUUACUGGCAAUACUUCGAGGCUGCUGCUGUUUAUGGGCCGCCGGCAUGCGUCGAAACCACCCAAAAGCUCACACAUAUCGUGGACAAUAUACUUAUUGGUAAAAAGGGCUCUGACUACGUUGGACAGCUUAAAGCAGCUUUUGGUCUACCCAAUGUAACGCGCGACGGCGACUUCGCCAGUGCUAUCAACGGCGGCAUCUAUGGGCUGCAGAGCCUAAACUGGGAUCCUUCGCAGAGCAGCGACGAAUUCUUCGUCUACUGCGACAAGGUCUCAUCAGACGACGUGCUGUAUCCUGGAACGGAAGCACGUAGGACAUCUGUUGAAGAGCUGAUUAAAGUCGGCGGCUACGAAGACGAGGUAGAAACCCUUGCAAACCGAUUCUUGAAUUACGUUGGCUACGUAAACGAAACGUCAGUUGCAAGAUGUUCCGGUGAUCAGGAUGCGUGCUUCACUACGUACGACCCGGAAUUUUACGCCCGGGAUGAUCUUUCCCAAACUUGGAGGUUAUGGCAAUACCAGGUUUGCACUCAAUGGGGUUAUCUUCAAACCGGAAGCGGUGUCCCUGAGGACCAACUCCCUCUCAUCUCACGUACCAUCGACGUAGACUACUCGGCUCUGAUUUGCCGAGAGGCUUUCAAUUUGACGAAGCCAGCCGACGUGGAGUACAUCAAUAGGCUCGGCGGGUUUAACAUCAGUUAUCCUAGACUUGCUUUCAUCGAUGGCGAAUGGGAUCCGUGGAGAGCGGCAGGUGUUCAUGCCAUUGGUCUUCCCGAACGACCUAACACGCUAGAAGAGCCCUAUAUCCUGAUCGAUCGGGCGGUCCACCACUGGGAUGAGAACGGUCUAUUCCCUAACGAAACGACACCAGACCUACCGCCAGCGCCGGUUGCGGACGCCCAAAAGCAGAUCGCGACAUUUGUGCAACAAUGGGUGCAAGAAUUCACGGGUAAAUACUAGCAGCAGGCGCCUGUACUUGCACUCGUCAACCACGGGAAGCUGACGGGAGUAGCAGAUAUUGUAACGGAGUCUGAUGAACUAUGACAUAGCUAUCAAAUACAAUAGCAACAUGCAGUAGACCCGGUGUUAUGUCGAACUUGAGCUUGUUUAUUCCUGCAUGAUUGACAGCUUUAACUUUAAAACCACGAUCGUUCGGUACACGAAGCCCCUAUCAUACCAAGUUGCGGUAUGUAAACCGAGCGGGCACGUAGAUGAUUUGAUAACAUUUCCGGAUGGCGUUAGUAUGACUCAGUACAUGUAUUACUUCUGGAUUCUAACGUCGUAAUAAGUUUGCGAAUAUUCGUGUGGUCAUGCCAGAGGACGGCUAUAAUCUAGACUUUUAUUAUAGGUAUUAUCAACAUUUCAAAUUAGAAUAGACAGAUAUCUUCUCAUAACCUGGAUUCUAGGUAGAGGCGAGCUAUCCGGAAGCCGAAGGAUAAAGAUUUUCCUCAGAUCAUGCAAAUACUGACUUAGAUAGUGUAAGAGUGAUCAGAUCGAUGGGUCGAAGUGAGAUAGAUAUGCCGCAAUAAGGGAUGGAGCCAAAGCAUUCGCGAUUGACUGAGACCUAUUAGUCUUGGCGGGCAGGGAAUAUC